CCGGGAUGUCCCUGCCGGAGUGGCACGUCGCGGUGAAGCUGGCGGAUCAGCCUUUGGCUCCCAAAUCCAUCCUGCAGCUGCCGGAGACCGAGCUGGGGGAGUGCCCGCUGGGGGGCUGCAGCAUCUCCUGCCUCAAGCAGCUCAUCACGGGCAAGCUCCAGGAGUCCGUCCCCGACCCGGAGCUCAUCGAUCUCAUCUACUGUGGCCGUAAGCUGAGGGAUGAGCAGACCCUGGAGUUUUAUGGCAUCCAGUCUGGCUCCACUGUCCACGUCCUGCGCAAGUCCUGGCCUGAGCCUGACCAGAAACCAGAGCCUGUGGAUAAGGUGGCAGCAGUGCGGGAGUUCCGGGUGCUCCACACCGCCCUGCACAGCAGCCCUGCCUACAGAGAUGCAGUUUUCAAAAUGCUGGGGAACAAGGAGUCUCUGGAUCAGAUCAUCGUAGCUACUCCCGGCCUCAGCAGUGACCCUGUUGCUUUGGGUGUCCUGCAGGACAAGGAUCUCUUUUCAGUGUUUGCAGACCCCAACAUGCUGGACACGCUGAUUCCAGCUCAUCCUGCUCUGGUGAAUGCCAUUGUCCUUGUCCUGCACUCAGUGGCUGGCAGCACCCCCCUCCCAGCCCCUGAGACCUCCUCCCGAGCCAUGGCCUCUGGAUCCUACAGGGACAUGCCAGGUGGCUUUCUCUUUGAAGGUCUAUCUGAUGAUGAAGAUGACUUCCACCAGAGCACCAGAUCUACACCAUCCAGCAGCACCUCUGGGUCCCGCCCGGCUUCCCUUGGCUACGCAGGGGCUGCUGGACCCAGGCCCAUCACCCAGAGUGAACUGGCCACAGCACUGGCCCUGGCCAGCACCCCAGAGAGCAGCUCCCACACGCCCACCCCUGGCACCCAGGGUCACUCCUCUGGGACCUCCCCAAUGUCCUCCAGUGUCCAGUCAGGAACACCCAUCACCAAUGACCUGUUCAGCCAGGCCCUGCAGCACGCCCUGCAAGCCUCGGGGCAGCCCAGCCUGCAGAGCCAGUGGCAACCCCAGCUGCAGCAGCUGCGGGACAUGGGCAUUCAUGAUGAUGAGCUGAGUCUCCGAGCCCUGCAGGCCACUGGAGGGGACAUUCAGGCUGCCCUGGAGCUCAUCUUUGCUGGUGGGGCUCCCUAGCUCUUUUUUGGGGGGGCAGGAGAGGCUGGUGAGUUGCACUGAGGUGGCAACCAUUCCUUGGUUUGGGACUUGGCCCUGAAACACUCUGUG